AUUUGGGAGAGCUCCGGGAGGCGAAAAGGGGAUCUGUGGGAGUUUAUGGAAAUUACAGAUCUGGCUUCAAGGGCAAUGGAGUCUGGAUGUAAUCGAGACUGAUCUCAGGAUCUCUACAGAGCCAGCUUUUGAGCUACGGUGAGGAGCUGAGGAAUGGUGAGGGUAUGCGCAAAAGACUGAAGAUCUCAGUGGCGCAUUUUGACAACUCCGCAUUGAUCAAAACCUACUCCAAGACUUUGAUCGGGAGAUGUAUGAAUCCGGAGGAACAGGAGAUGAAGGCGUUGUUCACAAAUCUUCUAAAGAUUUGGAAAUUGGAGGAGAGGGUAACGAGAACUGAUUUGGGCUUUGGCAAAUUCCAGUUCGACUUCAAGACGGAGGAGGAACUUGAAGCGGUUUUAAUGCAGCAGCCUUUCCAUUUCGACUAUUGGAUGCUGGCCUUGGCAAGGUGGCAACCAAAACAGUCCAAGUCUUUUCCCUCAGAGAUCAUGUUCUGGAUAAGAGUCAUUGGAGUCCCGCUUGAGUUUAGGACGGUCCCGACCUUUGAGAGCAUUGGGGGUGCCUUGGGGAGAGUGGUUGCGGUUGAUGUGAAGCAUAACCGGGUGCAAGUAGUCAUUGACGCGUUCAAGGAUCUGUGUCUCGAGACGACGGUGGAUUUCAAAGGAGGAGAGUUCUAUGACGGGGAGGAAGCGGCGGUGUCUCUGCGCUAUGAGAAGUUAUUUGGGUACUGCAAGCUAUGUGCUAGUCUUUGUCACAAGGAGGAGCUAUGCCCAUUAGAUGAGAAGAAUUCAGAGCUGAGCCCAGAGCGAAGGAGGGAACUCAGAGAAGGCAAUGGGGCGUGGUCUGAUGGUACGAAGCAUGAGGAAUGAGCUCGUAGUUACAAGGGUGUGGUCAUUAACGGACAAACGGGUCAACAUAACAAAGAAAGAGACAGCCGUGAGUACUAUGGGAAGGGAAAGGGUAAGGCGGUUGAUGCAGUAGACUCUAAGUGGGGCAUGGUAGCUGAGAAGGGAUCUAGGAAGCCUCAUAUCUACUAUGGCAGUUACAGAGGAGAUGGUGAGGGCUCUCGGUACAGAAACACGCGGAGGGAUGAGGGAAGAAGUGGGGCUACAGGUGGGGGAGUUGGGGAUCAAGAGACACGUAUCAGACCUUCUUUGGAUCAAUCAAGAGAGUCUCAACGCCAGAAGACUACAGCUCCCGAAGCUCGGGAGGAAGGAGAGAUCAAGGGCACUGGAGAUGACGCUGCGACUUUAGCUACUGAAGAGUUUCAACUUGAAUUAGCUAAGACGCAGGCGGAAGGAUCAGAAGUGAUAAUCGAGGCUACUGAGGAGGAGAUGGGUUUAAUGAAUGGCGGUAAGGAGUCAUCGGUAAAUUGGAAGAAUGGGUCUCAAUGGUGUGAUAAUGCUCCUCAUGGGGUCGGUUGUAGACUUGAUGGGCUUGAGUACGGGAUUUAUGGGCUACAGGACCUUGGGAUCAUA